GGGCGCUGUCUCUGUAGCGUAGCCGCUGGCUGUGAGGCGCGGGGCGGGGGCGGAGACUGCGUGGCGCAGGCGCGGUGCUGGGCUUCUCCUGGGUCCCCAGACAGCUGGAGGAGAUAAACAGAGGAGGAGGAGGGAGGGGAGUGCGUGUGUGAGAGCGCGCGAGGGAGUGUGAGUGUGUGUGAGCGCGGGUGUGAGGCGGUGCGCAGGGGCGGGCGGAGGCGCUGUCCGGCCCCGGCCAGGCGCCAGGCCGGGAGCAUGGGAAGGGGCUAGAGCUGCCUGGGCCCCCCAGCCCCCUCCCCGGGAUCCGCGCCCCACCUCCGGGGAGAGGGGCCGGGCCCCCCGGACGGACAUGGGCUCCUGAAGUUGCGCCGCCACCGGUCCUGGGAAGAGGCCUGACAGGAGUAUAGCCCACGUGUGCAGUCCUGGGUCUCAGAGAGGGAGUCAUAGACAACGUGUAAGGUAAUUAAAUGUGUGUCUUGUGGACCUGGGCUUGGCUGGAAUGCUCAAGGGUCCUGAAGAUCCUUCUAUAGCUUCCUUCUGUUGAAUCCAUUAAGAGAAGAUGGCAAAAGUCAACAUAACUAGAGACCUCAUCUGUAGGCAGAUAAAGGAGCGGGGUGCCCUGAGCUUUGAGCGGCGCUACCAUGUCACUGACCCCUUUAUCAGACGGCUGGGCCUGGAAGCAGAGCUGCAGGGUCACUCAGGAUGUGUCAACUGUCUGGAGUGGAAUGAGAAAGGAGACUUGCUGGCCUCUGGUUCUGAUGACCAGCACACGAUUGUGUGGGACCCGCUGCACCAUAAGAAGCUGCUUUCCAUGCACACGGGACACACUGCAAAUAUCUUUUCUGUCAAGCAGUUCCUGCCUCACGCUGGGGACCGCAUCUUGAUCACAGGGGCAGCUGACUCCAAGGUGCAUGUCCACGACCUGACAGUAAAGGAGACGAUCCACAUGUUUGGAGACCACACAAACCGGGUGAAACGCAUCGCCACGGCGCCCAUGUGGCCCAACACAUUCUGGAGCGCUGCUGAGGAUGGGCUUAUCCGCCAGUAUGACCUUCGGGAGAACAGCAAACACUCGGAGGUGCUGAUUGACCUGACAGAGUACUGUGGCCAGCUGGUGGAGGCCAAGUGCCUCACCGUCAACCCCCAGGACAACAACUGCCUGGCAGUGGGGGCCAGUGGGCCCUUUGUGAGGCUCUAUGACAUUCGCAUGAUCCAUAACCACAGAAAGAGCAUGAAGCAGAGCCCUUCAGCAGGUGUGCACACCUUCUGUGACCGGCAGAAGCCCCUUCCGGAUGGUGCAGCCCAGUAUUACGUAGCAGGUCACCUGCCAGUGAAGCUGCCCGACUACAACAACCGUCUGAGAGUGCUGGUUGCCACCUAUGUGACCUUCAGCCCCAAUGGCACAGAGCUGCUGGUCAACAUGGGAGGAGAGCAGGUCUAUUUGUUUGACCUGACUUACAAGCAGCGGCCGUACACCUUCCUCUUGCCUAGAAAAUGCCACUCCUCAGGGGAAGUUCAGAAUGGCAAGAUGUCCACCAAUGGUGUGUCCAACGGUGUGUCCAAUGGCCUGCACCUUCACAGCAACGGCUUCCGGCUGGCAGAGAGUAGGGGGCAUGUCAGCCCCCAAGUAGAGCUGCCCCCAUACCUGGAGCGUGUGAAACAGCAAGCAAAUGAGGCUUUUGCCUGCCAGCAGUGGACCCAGGCCAUUCAGCUUUACAGCAAGGCCGUGCAGAGGGCCCCUCACAACGCCAUGCUCUACGGGAACCGAGCUGCUGCCUACAUGAAGCGCAAGUGGGAUGGUGACCACUACGAUGCCCUGAGGGACUGCCUCAAGGCCAUCUCCCUAAACCCGUGCCACCUGAAGGCACACUUCCGCCUGGCCCGAUGCCUCUUUGAGCUCAAGUACGUGGCUGAGGCCCUGGAGUGCCUGGAUGAUUUCAAAGGGAAGUUCCCGGAGCAGGCCCAUAGCAGCGCUUGUGAUGCACUGGGACGCGACAUCACGGCCGCCCUCUUCUCCAAAAAUGAUGGUGAGGAGAAGAAGGGAGCUGGUGGUGGUGGCAGCGGCCCCGUCCGCCUCCGCAGCACGAGCCGCAAGGACUCCAUCUCAGAGGACGAGAUGGUGCUGCGGGAGCGAAGCUACGACUAUCAGUUCCGCUACUGUGGCCACUGCAAUACCACCACGGACAUCAAGGAGGCCAAUUUCUUUGGCAGCAACGCUCAAUACAUCGUCAGUGGCUCUGAUGAUGGCUCCUUCUUCAUCUGGGAAAAGGAGACCACCAACCUGGUCCGCGUGCUCCAGGGGGACGAGUCCAUCGUCAACUGCCUGCAGCCGCACCCCAGCUACUGCUUCUUGGCCACCAGCGGCAUCGACCCCGUUGUGCGGCUGUGGAACCCCCGGCCAGAGAGUGAAGACCUCACAGGCCGAGUUGUGGAGGACAUGGAGGGCGCUUCCCAGGCCAACCAGCGGCGCAUGAAUGCCGACCCGCUGGAGGUGAUGCUGCUCAACAUGGGCUAUCGGAUCACAGGCCUGAGCAGUGCGGGCGCUGGGGCGUCUGACGACGAGGACAGCUCCGAGGGCCAGAUUCAAUGAAAUCUCAAUCAAAAUCCCAGCAAAUUAUUUUGUGACUAUCAACAGGCUGAUUCUAACGUUUAUAUGGAGAGACAAAGACCCAGAAUAGCCAACACAAAUAACAAAGAGAAAGAACAGUGUCAGAGGACUGACCCUACCCAACCUCAAGACUUAUAAUAAAGCUACAAUAACCAAGACAGUGUGUCAUUAGCAAAGGAAUAGACAAAUCAAUGGAAUGAAUUAGAGAACCCAGAAGUAGAUCCACACAAAUAUAGUCAACUGAUCUCUGACAGAAGAGCAGAAUCAAUUCAGUGGAGAAAGGAAAGUCGUUUCAACAAAUAGUGCUGGAAGAACUGGACAUCUACAUGCAAAAAAAAAAAAAAAAAAAAAAAAAAAACAGAAUUUACACCAUUCACGAAAAUUAACUCAAAAUGAAUCAUAGAACUAACUGUAAAACACAAAUCGAUAAAACUUCUAGAAGAUAACACUGGAGAAAAUCUAGGUGACCUUGGGUUCAGCAGUGAGUAUUUAGAUACAACAUAAAAAGCACAACCCAUGAAAAAAAAAAUUGAUAAAUUGGACUUCAUCAAAAACUUCUGCUCUACGAAAUCACUGUUAAGAGAAUGAAAAAGACAAGCCAAGGAUUGAGAGAAAAUACAAGAAUUCUUACAAGUCAACAAUAUGAAACAAGCAACCCAAUUAAAAAAUGGGCAAAAGAUCUGAAUAGUCACCUCACCAAAGAGGAUAUACAGGUGACUAACAAGCACAUGAAAGAUGACCAGCAUUAUGUCGCUAGGGAAUUACAAAUUAAACCAACAAUGAGAUACCACUCCACACCUAUUAGGAUGGCGAUACCAAAUGCUGACAAGGAUGUGAAGCAACAGGAACUCAUUCAUUGCUGGUGAGAAUGCAAAAUGGUAACAGUCUGGCAGUUUCUUACAAAGUUAGAUAGUCUUAUCAUAGGAUCCAGCAAUUGCUCUACUUAGAAUUUACCCGAAUGAGUUGAAAAUGUAUGUCCAUGCACAAACCUGUACAUGAAUGUUUACAGCAGCUUUAUGAAUAAUUGCCAAAAACGAAGCAACCAAGAAGUCCUUCAGAAAGUGAAUGGAUAAACAAAUGGGUACAGCCAUACAGUGGAAUAUUACUCAGUGAAAUGAGCAAUCAAGCCACAAAGCCAUGGAGGAAACUUAAGCGCAUGUUGCUUAGUGAAAGAAGCCAAUCUGAAAGCCAUACCGCAUGAUUCCAACUAUAUGACAUUCUAGGAAAAGCAAAACUAUAGACAGUAAAAAGAUCUGUGGUGCUCCAUUUUAAUGUGUUUCCACAUGUGACUCAGCCCUGCUGACAGGGAGCCUGGGGCUUGGUGGGAUAAGCCUGCGUAGUGAAUAUGUAGCAAAACAGACAUUAGAAUUGGAACCCGUGUGUUUGUGGUGGGCAGCCAGGGCCCUGUGGCCCCAGGGGCCUGCUGCGGGUCUCUGUGCUAAGAAGCAUGCUGAAAUGCAUUUGCAGAACUUAAAAAGUGAUGAGAGAUCAGCUCAGAGGAUCCCAGCCCUGGCUAUACAUCAGAACCACCCAGGAUACUCUAAAAACUACAAAUAGGGACAGUGAGUUCCAAAGAGGGGCAGGAAGAGGGAAUGGACUGCCUAAAACCCAAGUUAUUAGAAGCAAAACCAGGACUGGAUCUCUAAUCUCUGAUUCCUGGUCCAGUUCUUUAAGAAUCACUUUCUUAUUUAAUGUCAUGAUAUUUUUUGGGUUCCUAUUUGCCUAGCACUGGCUUAAUGACAAUGCACGCAACAGAUUAGUCCCUGCCCUCCUGGUGCCUCCACAUUAUCUGGAAGAUGUGGGUGGCAAAUAUGGGGGUUGCGCACGGUCCCUGAACGUUAGAUUUCACUAGAAAUCAUGAGCCCUGCCCCAUACAGUCUGCCGUGGAGUGCCCCACUGCGUGCCAGGCUCUGUGUCUGAUGGACAUGAUGGCAGGCGUGAGGCACUCUGUUGUUCGGCCAUGUUCUGCCUCCUGCACCCGAGCCACUUCUUGAUAUAUGUAUAAAAUAGGUCCUGGUCCUAGUGAUGCCACAGUUUGCACCUUUUUUAUGACGAUUUACAGAAUCUCAGGUCUCGUCCUCAUCACUCUUUAAUGGCCCUAAAAGGGGUCACCAGCAGAGAUAGCCCAGGGUUAAGGUGCAGAACCCCAACUCUAUCUAAUCUAUGCUUAGAUCUUGGGAAAGUUCCUGAACCUUUCUGGGCUCAUUUUUCUCAUUGGGAAAAUGGGUGCCAUGAUACCUGCUCUGGUUAUUUCACUGCAUUGUAAGAAGGCCCCAAAUCACAGUGAGAGGAUGCGCAUCAAAGUGCUUAAGUGGUUAAGAGUCCUAUGA